UCAAGUAAACCGCAUUAACUUUUCGAUCAAACGAACACUAGAACUAAGUUCUAACACAAGAAAACCGAAUCAGCAGUUUCGCACUGUAAUCACCAACUCCGUGUUGCCUCGUCCAAAACCUCCAGAACCUUCUUCCAUGGCGGUUAUCAGCGCACUAACUACCGCAAUCGCCAUGGCAUUUCUGGCGGCGGCAUUGCCGGCACACGCCGGCGACUCAAACAAAGUAUUCUCUCCGUGCACGGACACACGCGUGCAGAGAUCAGACGGUUUCACGUUCGGACUCGCGUUCGCCCCGAAGGAGAAGUUCUUCUACAAUAACAAUAACAGUCUUCAGUUAUCGCCAUGCGAUAGUAGACUCUCGCUCUCCAAUUCGAACUCUCAGAUCUCGUUGUUUAGACCUAAGGUUGAUGAGAUCUCGCUCCUGACGGUUAAUUCUUCAUCGUUCGUUGCGGACUCGUAUGGCUAUAUGGUUGCAUUUGCUGGUCGUAAAUAUGCAGCAAGGUCCCCUCCUGCAUUUGUUGCAAAUGGCUCAUAUACUGUAACCAGUUUUACUCUUGUUCUUGAGUUUACGAAGGGCAGACUGCAAAAUUUAUAUUGGAAAAGAGACGGGUGUGCUAAAUGCCCGAAAAAUUCAAAAGCUGUCUGUCUUAACAAUCAGGAUUGUGCACUACAAACAUCUAGUUGCAAGAGCCAUGGAGGACUUGUGGAUUGCAGCUUAGGUAUACAAUUGGCAUUCUCUGGUACUGAUAAACACCUAUCAGCUCUCAACUCUUGGUAUGAAGUGAAAAACCUUCGCCAAUAUUCACUCUACGGCCUUUAUUCAAAUCUGAGAAGUUCACUCACUAGCCAGUAUGAUAAGUUUUUCUAACUUCCUUUAGUUCUUUUGUUGAUUUGAUUUGUUCCAUUCUGUUGUGAUUUACGUGUAUUUUUACUGUAUCAUCUUCCCACCCUUUACCUUCUAAAUAUUUGCGAGAACCUAGAAUGAUGGCGUGUACAUUUGUAUAUCAAAAUGUUUUAUUGAUUUUGCUUGAUCCAGUCCUUGUGAAUCUAUAUUUUACUAA